AUGCGGACCUUCUUCUACCACCUCAAGUUCGAGCUUUAUCCCACUCCAAGUCCCGCACUUGACGACACCAAGGGAACCAAAGGGAAAGAGCAGGCAGCAGCUCCCAGUAAAGAGGUGUGGCUUCCGCCGAAGGGCGCCAACAUCUUCGCCGAACUUCCGGCACAUUCCAGGAAAAGUUCGAAGAGGCCAAGUACAAGCUACCGACCACAACCUUCACCACUACAAGCGUUCGAGCCACCGUAUCCCGCUACUACCUACCGAUCGAGCUCGCAUCGGGCACAGGCAAACAUUGCCAACGCAAGCCUUAUUGACUGCGGACCUUCCAGAGCCCCGGUCAAAGAAGACAGUGGCAGUAAUAUCGAAAGGAUAACUGAGAGGCAGUGGAGAGCUCGUACGCGGAGUUUCCCACCUCCGCCUUCUUCGGCAGCGAUCCGACCAGAGACGGCAGUCAGAGACUGGCGCUUUGGUCAAGUCAGAAUCGAGAGCAUCGACAUUGAUUCAGGGAGCGACGGGCAUACAUACCCAAUGGCGGCCGAGGCAGCGAGCUCUGCAGCAGACCUGGGCGUCGGUCCAACAUUUGGAGGCACCGGGAUCUCCACAAAGGCGAAGUAUGUCCCGCUCGAGACAAAGAGCACGGAAGUAGGCUGGGGAGUCGUACAUUUUUACCGCGAAGAGGAGGAGACACCUGGUUUGGGCAUGCCGCCGUCGGAAGAAGACGGUGUUAAGGCGGAAGACUGUACAACGCUUUGCAUACCCGCGGUCCCCAGUUAUCUCAGCCCAGGGGAUUUCAUUGGGUACGUCGGGGAGAAAUGGAGGAACGACAUCAGUCACUGGCGAAUGGUUAUGACGGCCCGGAUGAAUCGAUAUCUGGUGCUACUGAAGUUUAGAAACACCGAGAGGGCGCGAGAUUGGCAGAGAGAGUUUGACGGAAAGGUCUUCAACAGUAUGGAGGCCCAAGUUUGCCAUGUUGUCUUCGUCAAAUCGAUCACUUUUGAGACAUCAACUAGAGAAAACAGGACGUUUCCCGACCUUAACCACGAUCCGUUUACACCGUCCUCUUCUUCCGUCGCCGCCUCGAGCAGUUUGAAGCCUUUCCCUCCGCCGACACCGAAUCUUAUCGAACUACCUACUUGUCCUGUGUGUCUCGAGCGCAUGGACGAUACAACAGGUCUAAUGACGAUUCCCUGCCAGCAUGUCUUCCAUUGCACCUGCCUGCAAAAUUGGAAAGGAUCAGGUUGUCCAGUCUGCCGACACACGAACCCCGAAACCGCAUACGACCCGUCAAACCCAUAUACCCAGCCCUUCGGCUCGUCGGUGUCAAAUCUGUGCAGUGUAUGCGAUUCGACAGACGACCUAUGGAUCUGCCUCAUCUGUGGAAAUGUCGGAUGUGGUCGCUACAAGGGCGGCCAUGCCAAGGAUCAUUGGAAGGAGACGGCACAUAGCUUCUCGCUGGAAUUGGAGACGCAACAUGUGUGGGAUUAUGCUGGGGAUACGUGGGUACAUCGUUUGAUCCGUGACAAGGGCGACGGUAAGGUCGUUGAGCUCCCAGGCAGCAACGGACAUCACCAUGGACCGGGAGGUGACUACGAGGAUACUGUUCCCCGCGCCAAGAUAGACAACAUUGGUCUAGAAUAUACUCAUCUCCUCACUAGCCAGCUCGAGUCACAACGGGUUUACUUUGAGGAGAUGAUCAGCAAAGUAGCGGACAAGGCUUCCAAGGCAGCCGCGACAGCCGAGUCUGCAUCGGCGCAAGCUACUACGGCCCUAGAAGAAAAUGCGACUCUCAAGGCGGAACUCAAACGCCUCCAGACGCAAGUCAUACCAUCACUCGAGCGCGACGCGGAACGCGACCGUACAAAAGCCACAAAGGCCCAGGAACUCGCCCGCAACAUGGGCAAAGCCCUACAGGAAGAGAAGCAAGUCACCCAGGGGCUCAUGAAGCGCGUGGAGCACAACAAAGCCGAGGUCGAGGCCCUGAGGAAGGGCGAGGCGGCGUACAAGGAGCAGAUUGCGGAGCUGCAGGAGACGAAUAGGGAUAUGGCCAUGUUCAUAUCGGGACAGGAAAAGCUGCAGCAGAUGGAGAAGGCGGGCGAGAUCGAGGCCGGAGAAGUUGCGGAAGGGAAUUUAAGCGUUCCUGAAAAGAAGGGGAAGCGGAGAGCGAAGAAGUAA